CUAUGACAAUCCGCAUGUGUGCUCUACACCGUAUUUUUUAAAAGAAAUUAAACAGUUAAAUCUGUUUUCACAUUUCUCCAUUAUCAUAAGUAAUAUCUUUAACGAAUCAAGCCCAUAAGGUACUCUUACUCUCUAUUAAUAGAGGAGAAUGUGUCAUCUUCUCAUUACUCCAUAACCAAACUUAUCAUAUACACAAUAUCACAAUGGGAAUGUCAAAAUGUUCUCGUCAUCAUCAUCUACUUGUUCUUUUUAUUGUUCUUCUUGAUGUACUUUCGAUAUCACCAGGAUAUGCUUCAGCCGAAGAUGAACAUGCAAAGGAUUUCUAUAUCAUAUAUUUGGGAGAUCGACUAGAUGAUACAGAAGAAGCUAUCAAGAGACACAUAAAUCUUCUCUCGUCUUUGAAUAUGAGCCAAGAAGAAGCAAAGGAAAGAAAAGUAUAUAGUUACACUAAAGCCUUCAACGCUUUUGCUGCCAAGCUUUCUCCACAUGAAGCUAAGAAGAUGAUGGAGAUGGAAGAAGUUGUUGGUGUAUCCCGAAAUCAAUAUCGCAAACUUCACACAACAAAAUCAUGGGACUUCGUUGGACUUCCUCUGACAGCAAAAAGACAUCUAAAAGCAGAGAGAGAUGUUAUUAUUGGUGUUCUUGAUACAGGAAUAACGCCAGAGUCAGAGAGUUUCCAUGACCAUGGUCUAGGCCCUCCUCCGGCUAAAUGGAAAGGAUCUUGUGGACCUUACAAAAAUUUCACCGGAUGCAACAACAAAAUAAUCGGCGCCAAGUACUUCAAGCACGACGGCAAUGUGCCUACCGGCGAAAUCCGAUCACCGAUCGAUAUCGACGGCCAUGGGACGCACACGUCAUCUACUGUAGCCGGCGUUUUAGUCGCAAACGCGAGUCUCUAUGGCAUAGCAAACGGUACCGCCCGCGGCGCGGUUCCGUCGGCGAGGUUGGCGAUGUACAAGGUUUGUUGGGAGAGAUCCGGCUGUGCCGAUAUGGACAUCCUCGCCGGAUUCGAAGCAGCGAUUCACGACGGCGUUGACAUUAUAUCCAUCUCUAUCGGCGGUCCAAUCGCCGAUUACUCUUCCGAUUCGAUAUCCGUCGGGUCGUUUCACGCGAUGAGGAAAGGGAUCCUGACGGUGGCGUCCGCCGGGAACGACGGACCGAGCUCAGGCACUGUAACGAACCAUGAGCCGUGGAUAUUGACGGUUGCUGCAAGCGGAAUCGAUCGGACGUUCAAGAGCAAGAUAGAUCUCGGCAACGGCAAAUCCUUCUCUGGGAUGGGAAUAAGCAUGUUUAACCCCAAAGCCAAAUCGUAUCCGCUUGUAAGCGGCGUUGAUGCUGCUAAGACCACAGACGAUAAGUACUUGGCUAGGUACUGUUUCUCUGAUUCUUUGGACCGAAAGAAGGUGAAGGGAAAGGUAAUGGUGUGUAGAAUGGGGGGAGGUGGUGUGGAGUCUACUGUUAAAAGCUAUGGAGGUGCUGGUGCGAUCAUAGUUAGUGAUCAAUAUCAAGACAACGCUCAGAUUUUCAUGGCACCUGCCACCAGUGUUAAUAGCUCCGUUGGCGAUAUCAUCUACCGAUAUAUCAACUCCACAAGAUCGCCAUCGGCUGUGAUUCAGAAAACCAGGCAAGUGACAAUCCCUGCUCCAUUUGUUGCUUCUUUUUCAUCAAGAGGUCCCAAUCCGGGAUCAACACGCCUUCUCAAGCCUGAUAUCGCUGCACCCGGGAUUGAUAUAUUGGCGGCCUUCACUCUCAAGAGAUCACUGACUGGGUUAGAUGGUGACACCCAAUUCUCAAAAUUCACCAUCCUGUCUGGCACCUCAAUGGCAUGCCCUCAUGUUGCUGGUGUAGCUGCGUACGUCAAGUCUUUUCAUCCGGAUUGGACACCCGCUGCCAUCAAAUCCGCCAUCAUUACCUCAGCAAAACCGAUAAGCCGGAGAGUGAACAAGGACGCAGAGUUCGCUUAUGGGGGAGGCCAAAUAAACCCACGACGAGCCGCAAGCCCUGGCUUAGUCUACGACAUGGACGACAUCUCCUAUGUUCAGUUCUUGUGCGGCGAAGGCUACAACGCAACCACUCUGGCUCCAUUGGUGGGGUCACGCUCCGUGAGCUGCUCCUCCAUUGUCCCUGGACUCGGCCACGAUUCCCUCAACUACCCAACAAUCCAACUCACGUUGAGAUCUGCCAAAACGUCCACAUUGGCCGUGUUCAGGCGGAGAGUCACCAACGUGGGAGCACCGUCGUCGGUCUACAACGUCACCGUGAGGGCACCGAAAGGAGUUGAAAUCACGGUGGAGCCACGGAGUCUGUCGUUUUCAAAGGCUUCACAGAAGAGAAGCUUCAAAGUGGUGGUGAAGGCCAAACAAAUGAUUCCUGGGAAGAUUGUGUCAGGCUUGCUCGUGUGGAAGAGCCCACGUCACUCUGUUCGGAGCCCCAUUGUUAUCUACAGUCCUACUUCUGAUUAAAUUAAUCACAUCCUCAUACAAACAUUUUACUUCAAUGUAAUCAUCUCACUUUGUUCCUAAACUCAAUUCAACAUAAAAAAACAUGAAAACUACUAAACUUAUAGGCGAAUCAGCCCAUAUUAGAAAAUUUGGGCCCAAUAACGCAACUAAUGUUAUUUACAGAAUCACCCCGACCUUUCUCUACUAAAUGAAUGAUAAAUAUCGGAAAAGCCCUAAGCAAAGCUUCUUCUUGAGCUUUUUUUGUCUUUGGUCAUCAAUGGAAGCUUCUCUACCCGAAGAAGUGCUUCAGCCGCUGCUACAUGCGUCGGAUUUAUCAUACUCUCUAGAAGGUUGCUUGAAGUUUCUUCUAGAGUCUUCCAAGACCGAUUCAGGCCGUUCCGAUCUCGCUUCCAAGUGUAUCCUUCCGUCGAUCCUCCGUCUUCUUCAGCUUCUUCCUUACCCAUCUUCCCGCCAUUAUCUAAAUCUCUCUCUGAAAGUCCUCCGCAACCUAUGCGCCGGCGAGGUUUCGAAUCAGAACUCUUUCGUCGAUCACGACGGUUCUGUUAUCGUCUCCGAGUUGCUUGAUUCCGCCAUUGCAGAGAAAAUCACGGAUUUUGAAACUGUUAGGUUCGGAUUGCAGGUUCUAGCGAACGUUGUAUUGUUCGGAGAGAAACGUCAGAGAGACGUGUGGCUCCGCUUUUUCCCGGAGAGGUUCUUAUCAAUCGCUAAGAUAAGGAGGCGUGAAACCUGUGAUCCUCUGUGUAUGAUUUUGUAUACGUGCUUUGAUGGAAGCUCAGAGAUUGCUUCAGAGCUUUGCAGCAGCGAAGGGCUCACCAUCAUCGCUGAAACUCUACGGACUUCAUCUUCCGUUGGGUCUGUGGAGGAUUAUUGGCUCAAAUUACUGGUUUCGAGAAUCUGUGUCGAAGACGAUUACUUCCCCAAGCUCUUCUCCAAGUUAUACAAAGUUGAAACGGUACUAAAUACUGAAAAUGAGAAAUUUACAUCAGAGCAAGCCUUUCUUCUGAGGAUUGUGUCUGAUAUUGCAAAUGAGCGGAUAGGAAAAGUGGCAAUCCCCAAGGAUACAGCUUCUUCAAUUCUCGGAUUAUUUAAGCAAUCAGUUGACGUUUUCGAUUUUGUUUCGGGUGAAAGAUCCGAGCUUCCAACGGGUUCAACUAUAGUAGACGUGAUGGGCUACUCUCUGGUGAUUAUAAGGGAUGCUUGCGCUGGAGGAAGCCUUGAAGAACUCAACAAGGACAACAAGGAUUCCGGUGAUACUGUUGAGUUGCUCUUGUCCUCUGGACUAAUAGAGCUCCUCCUUGAUCUGCUUCGCAAACUUGAUCCUCCAACAACUAUAAAGAAGGCUCUAAACCAGAGUCCUACUUCUUCUUCUUCAUUUAAGCCCUGCCCUUACAGAGGAUUCAGGAGAGAUAUUGUGUCGGUGAUUGGGAACUGUGCGUAUAGAAGAAAAGAGGUACAAGAUGAGAUCAGGGAGAGAGAUGGGCUCGUCCUAAUGUUGCAGCAGUGUGUGACCGAUGAUGAGAACCCGUUCUUGAGAGAAUGGGGCUUGUGGUGUGUGAGAAAUUUGCUAGAAGGGAACCCAGAAAACCAGGAGGUGGUGGCUGAGUUGGAGAUUAAAGGCUCUGUGGAUGUGCCUCAACUCCGUGAAAUUGGUCUCAGAGUUGAAAUUGAUCCUAAAACAGCCAGGCCAAAGCUUGUCAACGACACCUGAAGCUUCUUUGCCAUGGCUGAUGCAAUCUAUAUAUGUGUUGUUUCCAUAUACAUGAUUUCUUAUUCUAAUUAGAAUUUGGAUUAAGUAGUUUAUUUUUUCACCAAAGACUAAGUAUUCGCUGAUGUAAUUUUUACUUGUUAUUCAAACUUUGUUUAUUUACAAA